GUGGUAGGCGGUAGGCGGAGGACAGGGCUGAGAGGAAGGAGCUGCUUCAUGGUGGAGAGUGAGUGUCAUCUCGCGUGGAGUUUUGAGACAGCGGAGGAAAACGAUGGCGCGGUGGGCAUCGCCGGUGACGUUUGUUGUUAGCGGGCCACCGCAAUGGCAACGCCGCCGCCGCCGCUACCAGCGUUCGUGUACCGGAUCAGCACGGGGGGUGAGUGGGCGGAGCUUCAGCGCACCGGCGGCACCCUCGGCGGCGACCUCGACCGCUCCACCGGCUGCUUCCACCUCAGCGACCUCGCCCAGGUGAAGAUGACACUAAAGAAUUAUUUCCGUGGGCAAAAUGAUCUAUACCUGCUACAAAUUGACACUGCCAAGAUUGCAGAUGGCUUAAUUUAUGAGGCAGCUGAUGGCUGUAACUACUUUCCUCAUUUCUAUGGGCCUGAUCGGAGCUUUGCACCCCUUCAACUAAGUGCUGUUGUCAAGGCAGACAAAAUAGAGCUGGCGAACAAUGAUUUUACUUGCAGUCUACUUGAUGGAGCGGCCAUCUAAUUCUAAUGUGUAACUGAAGGUCUCACUCUUGGCCCUUGUUUACAUAAUUUUCUUGUAAGCUCCCUGUCAAAUUUAUCAAAGACAGUCCACAUGCUUAUGAUAGUACACAAAUUUAAUGUCAACCUGGCCAUGAAAUGGUAGUUAUGUAAGGAAACAGUGCGCAUAGGCGGAGCAGAGCCUAGAUGCACGACCGAACGCCGGAUGCAGACCAAAUAAGAAAUUAAAUGUCUAACCAAAGUUUGUACUUUGUGUC